UAAAUAAAGACAAAUUAAAAAAUGCAGGGCGAUAAAGUAAAUUCACAGGAGUCAAAUAAUUUGCCAGUGACCACAUUUCAGUCGGAUGAUCUGCUGGAAAAGCUAAAAAUGCUGAAUUACGAGAAGCAACUAUUGAAUGAGUACAAAAUGAAGCCGCUCUCGCGUUUCUACUUUGUCAAAUCUUUUAAUCCAGGCGAACAGUUCUUCAUGUUUACGCUGAUUUGCUGGUGGCUAUGCCGUAAGCUGGGCAAAGAGAUGGAUCGGCCGCAGGAAUUCGAUGAUCCCAAUACAGUGGUUGCCAAAAUAGUGCAAAUACUGGGCGAAAUGGAUGUGCCAGUGGAUUUCCCACCCAACAAGCUUAUACGCGGCGCAGGCCCUAUUUGUUUGAACGUUUUGGAUAUACUCGCCACUCAAGCCACCAAAGUAGCGCAGAUAGCCUACAAUCGGCCGCACAUAGCGCAGGAGGAUGAGGUUGCGACAGAUUACUUGGAAGAUAACGCGGAAAUCAUAUUGGAAAAGCUGGAAGAUGAACAAAAUGCCGCCUUGAGCGAUGAUAGCGAUAUGGAGGUGAAUGGUGGUGGCGCUUUCAAAAAUCUCAACUGGGUAAAUCGCACACGGCGCGCGGAUCGCAAUCACAACAUCGAUUUGCCUGAUGAUAACGCGGCCACGGAGCGCUUUACUGAUCAGCAGCAAUGGCGGCAGGAGUUCGAGCGUGUGAUGCCGCAACUGAAAGUUUACGUGAAAGCCGAUGCACGCGAUUGGCGCACACACUUUAGCCAAAUUGAGUCACUGAAGUCCAGCAUAGAUGAGUGCUCGGAGGACACACAAUCGCAAUUGAAAAAGCUGCACAGUGAAUUCACCUUCAGUCUGGAGAAGAUCGAAAGUCGGGAGAAGCAUUUGAAUAAUGAGCUGCAGUCAUUCAUACGGCAGUUCAAGGAAAUCUCCAUCGAGCUAUCCAAUGUUCAACUUGCCCAAAUGCAAGUGCAGACUGACACCGAGGCGCUUAUGACGCAAUUGAAUUCCGUUAUACAAGAGAAUGACAUCAAGAAGAGUGAAAUGGAGCGACGCGGUCAAUCCAUGUCCGAUGGCAGUUCCGUAGUAAACAUCAAGAAGGCGAUAAAUAAGCUUAAAGAGGAUACGGCGCACUUACAUUUGGAGGUGGCACUGUUGGUGCAUGGCAUCGAUCAGGACAUUAUGCGUCAGGCAGGGAGUCUCACUGAGACUGAUUCCGGUUAUGAGACGGCAACACUGAAGACCUUUUAGUGCGAGAAUUUAUUAUUAUUUAUUUACUAUUCUGGA